AUGGCGUCCACGUGCUUUCGUUUAGCCUGGUGUCAGGUGAGAGAAUGGGUCCCAAGGAGGAUUUUCACGGGUGCAUACACAACAGGAAGAAGGCCAGCACCGAGAAUAGUUUUCUUGUCGACAUUUGUAGCAUUCUGCGGGGAUAAGGAAAACCAGAAAACGUCACAUAUAGAAAGAAAACUUAAGGAUCCUGACCCUAGUACACUAACAACAGAAUACCUACUGAGGAAUGCGAGCCUGACAUCACUUGACUCAACAAUCAAACUUCUGUCUGUAACUACAGUGGCUUUAUCAGAUGUUGAAAAAGAAUAUGCAAGGUGGACAUUUGUUUUGGUAAAAUUUAUGAAGUUCAGGUUGACUGUCCUUGGCAAACCUGAAGAGGAAGAACGAGUCUUUGACAUGAUAUUGCAGACUAGAAGCAAACUUACCGAACUGAAAGAGAGGCGACGAGAUUUGACUCUUUUGUACCAGACAGUGACUACCAUGGUCUCUGCUGCAGCUGAAGCGGCACUAAUAUCAGGUGUGGGGUAUCAGGUAUCAUCUGCUAACGAGGCCAUGCAAAGUUCACAAGUGUAUCUGCGAGGUGUUCAAGAAACAAGUCUGGAGGCAGAAAAGGAAAUGACUGACAUCCAGGUGGAAACCAUAGAAAAAGAAAGCAAGCAUGCCGAGGAAAAGGAAAAACAAAAUAAACAGAAGGAUCAACAAGAAGGGGAGAAGUCAGUAACACCAAAAAGCUGUGAUGGGGAGAAGACGACUGGUAGAGAUGAAAAUCAAGGGAGACAACUACCUAAGAGCUCAGAUGGGGAGAAGACGACUGGUAGAGAUGAAAAUCAUGGGAGACAAGAUGUUGUUUUUGCAGAUAUCAAAAUGGAUGAUCUAGAUAGACUGAACAGGGAACAUUAUGUUUCCUUUGUAGAUGUAGAAGAGAACAAUUGUAACGAUAGCAAUGAGAGCGAUAAUAUAUUCAAAGAAAAUGUGAAAGUUGAUGCAGAUGAUAAAAUGACAGAAAAAGAAAUAUUUGAAGAGGAAAUUAAAAAAGAUAAAUAUGAUCCAGAUCAAUGGAAGGAAUGCUGACAUGUAAGAUUGUAGGUCAGUUGUAGAUGUGUAUACAGAUGUUUUUUUGGUUGCUUUGGUAACCAUGUCACUACACUUACGUAUUUGUGUAAUGGGUAAGCUUUAAUAAUAUAUAUUAAGGAGAAAAGGAAGUAACAAGGGAAUGGUACAUUUUAAGGCAAGGGCAAGGUCAUACUCAUGAUGCUGAUAUCAAUAUAUAGGACUGAAACUGAUGAUUUAAGACAGAUAUUUUGUACAAUUUGCAAUUGUGGAGGAGCGCGUUGUGUGUUGUAGUUUCUACUUAGCAAGUGUCGUCAUAGUGAUGAAUAAUAACUCCUAAUUACAACAAAUUUAGUCAUAGUGAUGACAUAGGCUAAUUAGAAAGAAUAUAAAGGUUUCCUAUGUGAUAAAAAUGUUCUGUAGUGAAGACUUGAUAUUCAACAAAUUCAUUGAGGUUUGGUUUCAAGUCUGUAAAACAAUUGCUGGGAUAAUGAAUUGUACUUCUCAUGUAUAGCCUAGAUAGGGCUAAGUUUAUCCACACAGAAGGACUGCUAAGCUUAUCUACACAGAAGGACUGCUAAGCUUAUCUGGACAGAAGGACUGCUAAGCUUAUCUGGAUAGGGGACUGCUAAGCUUAUCUGAAUAAGGGACUGAUAAGCUUAUCUGAAUGGGGGACUGCUAAGCUUAUCUGAAUAGGGGACUGAUAAGCUUAUCUAUACAGAAGGACUGCUAAUCUUAUCUGAAUAGGGGACUGAUAAGCUUAUCUGAAUGGGGAACUGCUAAGCUUAUCUGAAUAGGGGACUGAUAAGCUUAUCUGAAUGGGGAACUGCUAAGCUUAUCUGAAUAGGGGACUGCUAAGCUUAUCUAUACAGAAGGAUUGCUAAACUAAUCUGGACAGAAGGACUGCUAAGAUUAUCUGAAUAGGGGACUGCUAUGAUUAUCUGAAUAGGGGACUGCUAAGCUUAUCUGAAUAGGGGACUGCUAAGCUUUUCUGAAUAGGGGACUGCUAAGUUAAUUACGAUUGGGGAAAUGUUGAGGUUCUUGUAUCUGUAAAAUCCUUGGGUUUUAGCCCUUAAUAACUAUCUCUCCCCACAUAAGUCUGGGAAAGUAUUGUUUAUGUGCUGCUCAUCUGUUUGUCCAUACAUUAUUCUGUCAAUAUUGGUUUCCAUGCCAAAAAAAGGCUUCUGUUCUUAAUACUACAUGACCAUAUUUGGUAUACAGGUUGCUUGUAUAGAGAGUUUGCUUUGAAUUUUGCUUCUGGUCAAAGGUCACAAAGUAUGUUAUUUAAUUAGAGCAAAGGUAGCAUUUGACUUGUUCCAAUAGGUUAUGUUCUGAUGGACGGACUAUGAUCACAGGUACACACGUUGUUUGGAUUGAGUGAUCACAUUGAUAAUCUGCAACUGAAAUAUUGUAUCAAGUAUGUUUCUUUCUGUGCAACAAGUUCUGUCCGAAUAAGCCAUUGCUGUCUGUAUUCAGUAUGCAGGUUGCCUGUGUGAUUCUGCUGCAUUGGAAAUACUACCCAGUUCCACAAGGUAAAACGGCAUGUAAUCUGUUUCUACAAAUAUAAUCUUCUCCUAUUUUUAAAUGCUGGAUUUCGGUGUCUUAUAGGCAUGGCUCAUGCAAGUUGAAACAACGAUCUGAUUUUUCCAGACAAAAAACCAAACAACGCACAUUUCGCUUAUGUAAAUAAGUGUGCUUUACCAUUAUAUCAUGUGUUUUAUGCUGUCAUUUAUUUAAUGACGUCAUGAAUUGAUAAAUAAAUAAAAAGAACAGAGUAAAAUUAGACAUAAGAAUGUGUUCUAUCUACGAGUAUUUCAUACUUUUUCCAGUACAUAUUUACUGUUCUUCUUUACCUACAUCCAUGGCGUUAAAAAAAGGGUGUCUGCAUAGUGAUGGACAAGGGGAGGCUAUUCGAAAAAAAAACCUGCAAUGUUCAUCUGCUUCUUGACAAUUUAUGCUAAAAUAUCUUCAUACUUUAAGUAAAAUAAACACCAGUUUCUGAAA